GCUCGUCCAAGAUGGCGAACCGAAGGUAGAUGUGUUUCAUAGCGAUUUACGCUUGUUUUUCUUUUCGAUAAAAGGGAAAUUCUAAAGAAGCAUGGAUGUUUAUGAUCCAAAUGAUAGUAUUUCAAAAUCUCCGAAUGAUGAUACAAGCCCAGAUAACUCUGAUGAGGAGGAAGAAGGCCAAAUUGUAAGACUUGUCGCUCUUGAAAAAUUUCCAUUUCAUAACCUUCGUUAACUAAGCUUAUUUCUUUUAAUCUGUGUCUUUUAAUUUUUUUUUAUUUCAGAGUCGGCUUAAAGAAGGUGAGUGUCUUUCAAGGGAUUAAUGGACUGCUGACAAUUAGAAGUUUACGUAAAGUGAAUUAUCUUGUUUGUAGUUAGUUUUUAAGAGUCACGGCUAGCGCCUAAUAGCUUUAAUACACGUGAAACGUUGGUUAGUCGUUUAAAUACUACUGUAGGAAAGGAAAAAUGUCGAAUUUUUUCCAUUUUUCUUUUUAAGAACUAUCAGAGAUUCCUUUCUGUGAACUUGAAGAGCUUAAGCACAGAGUUGGCUCCAAGAGGUAUGGCGUAGCUGACAUAUGAGGGGUCAAUAAAGGAUUGAUUUCAUACAAAGCAAAAUAUUCAGUCGAAAAAGAUGAAGUAUUAGUACAGUGACAUCAGCCUGAACCUUAUAAAUGAGAACCCUUUUUUUAUUACUAUAUAACAAAUAUACAUAAAUAUUUGCAAUACUUUGGUAACUUGAAAUUAUAAUAAUUAUUACACUCACCACAAUAGCCAUUAACUUACAGUAAAUAGGUAACCAACAAAAACUUGGGUUUCUGUAAAACUUUUAUUAAUGAUACUUACAUUUAUUAGUGUGCGGUGCAAUGAUAUUAAUAAUGUUUGGGGAAAUCCUGUGGAACCAAAUUGGAGAUUUAUUUAUUAUGGUUGAUACUGGGUGCCCAAAGUGCAGCUUUGAGCACUUGCCAGGGUAAUUAUAUUGUGUUUCUUGGUAAGAUACCUACUCUUGUGUCUCCACUCUCCACCCUGGAGUGUGAGUGGCUUCUGACAAACUGUUAGGGAAGCCUGAUGAGAUGCUGGAUGGUAAGCAACUCAACAGGGUUUCCAUUCUGGGCCAGGUUGUUCAAAGCUGGGCUAAGAUAACUCAGGGUUAGUCUGAAAUCGGAUUUAAGAUCUGAAAACUUUAAAAGAAAAUUCAUUACAAUUAUUUUUGUCUACAAUUUGAAGACUGAAUGCCCUUCAAAGAAUAAAGAAGAUAAAAAUUUAACCCUGGGUGAAUGCUGAUCAGCAUCCAAACAACAUGGUCCUGAUGUAGUUAAAGCAAUACUCAUAUAAACAUAUAUGAAGUGCCCAAAAAAAAAAAAAAAAAACAAUAAGCUCUGGCAACAAUGUACGUCUAUCUAAACUUUGAAAAAUUAUCUAUUUGUCAAAUUGAAGUGAAUUGGCCUGACCUGAGCUCAAGUUAGAGCAGGAAACAUCUAUGUUUGAUGUUGUUUGAACUUCAGCAUUUGAACCUUAAGGCCAACUCAUUUCAAAUGAAUAUAUUUAAGGCUUAUUGGGACUAUUUCAUUUCAAGAUACAAUGAAGCAAUUCAUGGUCUCUUUGACAAGAAAGGAACAAAUACAACAAAGUCACUUAAAAGGGAAAACAAAAACAGGUGAGAGAGGAAAAUGUUGACUGUGAGACCCAUCGGACUAAAAGAAACGUGCCAGCCUGACAAAUCAUCUACAUAUACAUUGUACUGCAAUACAUGUAGAGUUGUUUUGAGAAAGGUUUUUGGAAAAAAAAAAUGAUAAAAGUACAUGUGAAAACAUUGAAAGGUAAAGAGUUAGAAUAUUUUAUCCCCCUUCCCCCUCCAUUAAAUAAUUUGCUCAUAAAAUAGAGAACAGACUGUUUUGAUAAUUAAAUGCUAUGAUUUUUACAGGCCAAGAGAAUUGUCAUCAAAGAAACCAGUUCCUAGACUAAGACAAGUUAUUCCAGUUAAAAAACGAGUGAGUUUUUUUGCUCUUAUGCACAUUAGCCUUUCCCACUAAAAUUAUUAUUAUAAUGUAACAAAAUUACAACAAUACAACUUUUUUCCUAAAGGACAUUGUCUAGAAAUUAACAAAACAUCCUUUUUAUGCAGACUCUUUAAUGACCCAGUGAAAAAAAAAAAAAACUUGUUUAGUAGUACAUAUCAGAUUAAGUUUAUUGUACAUUAAAGACCAUGAAAGGGUGUGAAAAGUCUGGAAACGAGAGUUACUUGCUAGAUAUAAAAGCUUAUUUGGUUUUUUUUUUGCAUGAGUUUACUACAAAGUGUGGAGUCAUUGUUGCUUACCCCCAAAAUUUUGUUGUGUCUCGCUGAUCGUUUUCCAUUACCUAAUAAUUAUACUCUCUGAAGAGCAGCACUGGGAAGUAUUUCUUAAAUGAGAGUUACUUGUUAGAUAUAAAAGCUUAUCCAGUUUUUUUUUUCUGCAUGAGUUUACUACAAAGUUUGGAAUCAUUGCUGCUUACCCCCCAAAUUUUGUUGCAUCCCGCUGAUUGUUUGCCAUUACCUAAUAAUUAUACUCCCUGAAGAGCAGCACUGUAAGAGUAUUUCUUCCAUGAAAGCAGUUAGCUACUGGCCUGAACCAAGACACUUUGAUCUAGGGUGCAGCAUGCUAACUGUAGGACUACUGCCUCCCCCACAAUGUGCUGGUUGUAAAUUUUUGUGAUGAAAAGCAGUCUAAUUGCAUUGAUUUAGAUGGCAAGAGAUCCCAGGUUUGAUGAAUUGUCAGGCAGUUUCAACCAAGAAAUGUUUGAUAAAGCAUACUCCUUCUUAGAUGAUGUAAAGGCAAAUGAGAAGAAGGUGAGCAAUUGAUAUCUGAUUUCAGUUGAUCAAAUAUUUUUUUACUGUAAUUUAAUCAUCAUUGUUAUAGUUAUUAUUAUCAUUGUCAUUGCCACCACCACUGCAAACAGAAGCUUCAUUGUCUUCGUAAGUACUAAACAACUAUUCUUACAAAGUCCUUAUAUGCAUAACAAGGCAGAUCUACUGGUAAGCACACUUGCUGUUUGAAGGUGAUAAUUUCUCUUGAUUUUCUUGCAGCAAUUACAGAAAGAAAUGCAGAAAACCAAGCAUCCAGAGAGAAAACAUCAGCUGGAGUCAUUACUGAAGAGAAUGGUAAAUAUUUUGUAGUACAAUUUACCAGCCUCCCCACUUCCCCUUGGAUCUCUUUAAACAGAAAAUAAAGACAUUGCACUAAAGGUGAUGGUAACGAGAGCUUCCUUACCCUUCAACUUACAGAAGUUAUGAACAUGUAACUUCUCCCUGUAAUAUUCAUACAUUUUCCAGUAAACAGAUAACAGGAACAGCCAAGCUUAUGAAGUGGAAGUUAUUACUUUGCUUUGACACCAAAUUUUUGUAAAAAUUUUACAAGGAAAUGUGUAGCAGCAAGAGGGGAGAAUAGUCCAUUGUACAGUGCAUCCUUGGUUGCCAAGCUUUUGAACAAGAGUGAGGCCAAGAUUGACCUUGUUAUAAUACAAACCUUGCUUGCUUUUCAAAUGCAAAUUACUUUGUUAUCAUGAUAACUAGAUACUGGUCUCUAUCACAACAAGGUCACCUUCAGCCUCACUCCAAAUCAAAGGCUUGGUAACUAAAUACACAACUGUAAAAUGGCCAAUUAACAAUCAUGUAUUGAUAGUUUAAGGUUUAAGCAGACUUUUAAUGAGGUCAUGAACAUGAAGAGAGCCUUAUCUUUUCACAGCCAGUGGAAGACAGAUGUGACAGUGAUCCUAUAUGUACAUCAAUCAAACAAAUCUAAUGAGUUCCAAGAUUCUAAAAAAAAAAAGAUUACGUAUUCCUUUUUUCAAAGCAAGUCGUUCCAUUAUAAUGUGAAUAAUUCCAUUCAUUUAAGUACAUAUAAUUUCAUCUGAAGUCCUGUCUUUUUGCCAGGAUCAACAAGAAGCAACGAAGAAAGCUGCAGCUCAAAAGAGAGAAGUAGAAAGAAAGAGAAAGAAGGCAGAACUGGAAUUAGUGAAGCAAGGGAAAACACCAUAUUACCUCAAGAAAUGUGAGUUUUGAUCCAAUCAUGUACGCUUUCAAAUUUUUGAAAUUGCGAAGGCUUUUUAAUGUGUUAUUGGCAUUGUUCGCAGUGUGUUGUCCUCUACAAUGCCAGUGCUAUACCUUUCAUUUCUUUACUUACUAAAUAGCUGAUAAAAAGAAGUUGGAGCUGGCGGAGAAAUUCAAAAAGCUGAAAUCUUCAGGAAAGCUGCAGCAGUAUCUCAAGAAGAAAGGAAAGAAAAACACCAGUAAAGAGAGAAAGAAAAUGCCGCACAGAAGAGUCAUGGAGGCGUGAGGAAGGACAAGAGAGUUAUGGGAAAAAUACCAACGCAUGUGAACUCGGAGCCCGCGAUCAGAGUGCGAGAAAAUCCGCGCGAGAAAUGUGUCCAGGUGAGCACAUCCGAGAACAUGCGAAUGGACUGAUUUGGUUUUUCAUUCAACAACGUGACGGGAUUCGAUUUUCUUCCAAGAAGUUAUAGGAAAAUGUCUCCCAGCCGUGUGACUGAUGGAAAAUAACUUUUUCCGUUAUUUUCUAUGGUGUAUUUUACUUAAUUUAAACGAGGUUGUCUGAACUGUUAUUAGUUACAGGAGGCGCGUACAUGGUAGCAAAUGAACUGGGGGGGGCCUUCUUUUUUCGGGGUGUGGCGGACGUUUGCUUAGUGGGAAGUUGCAGUUGUUAAAGCUUCCUAGUUUUUUUAGUUAAAUUGUCCAAUGUACACAAUAAAUCCUCAAUUUUUAAUGUAACCUGUUAUGCAGUCGAAUAUAUUUGGUAAUUGCAUGCCCAAAUUUCCUUGCUAAAUGUGUUGCGCUACGUCGAAUUCUCAGGGUAGAGGAUUGUCACGGAGAGAAAGAGAUUUCUACCACUUUAGCCGAAAACAAGCAAUACUGCUCACCAAACUUUCGCAAGUUCAUAGCCAACUUAAAUGACUCUUGUACUGCAUACUAUUUCAAGUUAAGGUGGCGAAAUUCAAGUAAUAAGUUUAGAUCAGAAGCAAUACUAACAUCUCAC